CGUGGCCCAGGCCGUUGGGCGGACGCCAUCCCGGCGCCAUGUCGGCCCAGGGAGUGGCGGUGUUGCUGUCGUGGCUGAGCUGCUGCGGCUCGGCCCUGUGGAGGUCUAACAGAUAUGUACCUACAUUUUCUACUAAGAGCAUUAACAUUUUGUUUUUGACAUUUCGUAUCCCGAUGGAGUUGGUUUCCUUUAAUGAUCUAAGGUAUUCCAGUAACAGCCCAAGCUACCACAUUUUUAGUACCAGAAGUACUAUUACGUUAGAGUAUGAAGGAACAUCAUUUCUUGAGUGGAGUGUGCCAGGAACUUGUUCAGUGAAAAAUAAAAGCUCACCGAGGACAGAGCUGCGUUGUUCUUCUCCUGGUGUUCAUACUAUAAGACCAAUUGUUGUGGGCCCAGAUUCAGAAGAAGAACGCAAUUUGUCUGUGCAAAGUUCUCAUAUCUGCUUCCUGUGGUAUUAUAGAGUUAUAAGUUUCUUUCACAACUUUACCCAGGUUAUCAUUGUAUGGAUAUAUGACCCAGAAAAUGCAGAUCCCAGUGAGAUUCUACGGAAUGCAAAUGAACCUUCACUAAAUUCCAUAAUACUUAGCAAGCAGUUGGCCACUUUGGGACAGAAGCCUACCAUAUUUACAACUCUGCAGAGAAAGGUUUAUUUUCCAGAGAGUAAAAUGAAGAAUGGGACCUGGCAUAUUUCAGUGCCAAUGACAACAGAUGAUGUGCUAAAGGAAAUUAAAGGAAAUCAAGUGGCUUUCCAAGACUGCUUUAUCGCAGAUGUUCUUUUCCUGCUGACCUUCCCUUUGUUGACAAUGCCCGAGAUUCCUGACUCUUUACCAAUCACUUCACCGCAAGGUAGUCAGUUAAUAUUAGCCUGGGCUACUUGUGUUCUUUCAUCGGUUGUGGUGGUAGCUGAUAUGGAGACCUUUCAAACAAAUGAUUCAUUCCGUACUUGGACCAGAAUCAGAGUGCCUCCAAACAUUUUGACUGACGAUGAGAGACACAACGUGUCUGAUGUGAACAUAUCGUGGGAUGGAAUAUUUUUUCUAAUAAAUGGUAUUCUUUACAUCAAAACUUUUACUGCGUUCAAAAGACUGGGAAGAAAUGAAAAUCUUCCUGAUGGUGGAAUUAUUGGCGUUACCUCAAGAAAAUGGUGUUGGGCCAGACAUUUAUUAAAGAGUAAAAUAAGAAGUAUCUUCGCAGUCUGGACCAAAAGUGAACUUUAUCUUGGAUAUCCUCUUCUUAGAUUUAUGAAAAUAAUGACUACUGAAAAACUGAAAAGCCUUCUAAAUAUAUCACCAACCGAUACACUAACUAUACACAAUGUUGAGUAUCCAGGACACCCUUUGGAGAUUGCCUUGUUAUUAAGUUACUGCUCUGCAUGCACAGUCAACAAAAAGAUUUAUGUGGUAAUAUAUAAUGAAGAUACAGAGCAGUGGAUGAACCAAGACUUUGCAUUAGAUGUCCCUAUGGACACUUUUGUAAAUGCACAUUUUCUAUAUUCAGCACUUCCAGAAUUAGUACUAUGGGACAAACAUAGGGUCUACUAUUGCUAUCACAAUUUCACCGAGACUGGAGUCAUCCAAACACCUACAGAGUUUGGAAACUUAUCAAGGUUGUCACAGAACAGCACCAUUCAUAUUAUUUUCAUCGAUUAUUAUGGAAAUGUGGUGGUGAAAAUGGAAAAUAACAUAAUGUUCUACUUCAAGGCCAAUAUUAAAGACGCGGUAAAACUACACGCAUGGACAAAUAGUACACUGAAGUCAACAGUCUCGAUGAGUUCCUCUGGGCUAAUGUAUCUCAUACAUGUUUUUGAAAAUGGCACAAUACGUCCACAGGAAUAUCCUUUAAGACUAGAAGCAAAAAGUGUAACUUUCAAUUCAAAAGAGAAAUGCCCCUACGUGGCAUUUCUUAAUAAUAUUUUUAGUGUUUUUUUCUUUUUGGACAAGGGACAGAACGUGUCCAUCUGGACUCAAAUAGUCUAUCCAGAAAAUAUUGGUCUGUAUAUUGUGGUGGAAUCAUAUGGCCCAAAUAUAUUACAAGAGACAUAUCAGGUUCACUAUGAAGUUGCCCUAGGAUACUGCACUAAAACCAUGACAGUAACAUUUUUUCAAAAUGUAAAUUAUGAGGCAGUAGAUGAUUACUUCAAAUUGCAACUCCAGAACACGGGUCUUCUGCUUCUCCACAUGAGGCCUAGUGACUCAGCAAGACCAUGUCCGAUAUCCCAGAAGGUGUUCCAAAUAGCUGUUGGCUGUAAUCCUCAUAAAUACAUUGCUGUUAAAGGAUUUAAUAAAAAAGAAUGUCUUCAGCAUGAUUUCUUUUACCAUAUUGAAAAGUCAUAUUUGAGGAAUAAACCAUCUAAAAACUUGCGAGUAAAAUAUAAUUGGAAAGAAUAUGGCUGCCCAUUGAGACUUGAUUUUCGAGAAAAGUUUCACCCUUUGGUUCAAUUAUACAAUGAAAAUGGCUAUGUUGAAGAUGUGGAAGUCAAUUUCAUUGUGUGGGAAAUACACGGCAGGAACGACUACAGCUUUAAUAAUACCAUGAAGAAGAGUGGUUGUUUAAAUGAAGCCCAGACAUGGAACUCAAUGAUUGAGCUUAACAAGCACCUCCCACUAGAAGAAGUCUGGGGACCUGAGAACUAUAAACACUGUUUUUCUUAUGCUAUUGGAAAACCGGGAGACUUGAAUCAACCGUAUGAGAUUAUCAACAAGUCUAACUAUAACCAUUUAGUUUGGCCCGUAGACCAUUCUGGAAUGUAUGUGUUUCGUGUGAAGAUCCUGGAUCCAAACUAUAGUUUCUGUAACCUAACAACUAUCUUUGCAAUAGAGACCUUUGGAAUGAUUCCCAGUCCCAGUGGCUACCUGGUUGCUGCUUUCCUCUUUGUUCUGAUGCUACUGUUCUUCAGUAUUCUAGUUUUGAGCUAUUUCCAUUACAUGAGGAUCUAUAAACAAUGUAUUUACGAAACACUUAACAAAUAUGAAAGAACACCAAAGAAUAAUUAGGAGGAACCAAAGUUUGUACAGUAGGGAUGUAUAUAUAUUUAUGUAGAGAGAGCAUGUAUAUAUACUUACAUUGCAAGUGUGCGUGUGACCAAGACGUACAAAGCACAUAGUAUGUAUCAUCAAAUUGAAGCUCCGAAGAAUGUUUUUGAAUUGCCCCAAGACAAAUAUCCUCAUAUCCGUUGUAUAUUACAAAAUUAACGUUAAGGUGUUUGCACUUACCUCAAGGUACUCUAUAUGCUCUUCUAUGGUGUUCUAAAAAAUUAAAAUGAAGCUAACUUUGGCUGUUAAAAUCCUU